CUUGACUCCGCCUUCCGAUAAAGACGGAAACAUGGCGAUGGCUCAGGGUGCGAAUGGGAUGAUGAACGGUCAGCAGCAGGGAGGAAAUGCCGCUAAUGGCAACGGGGUGGCGCCCGCAACUCCAGCUGCGACUCCCGGUGCCAACACUCCGGGAAGUGGCAUUGUGCCUACGUUGCAAAACAUUGUCGCGACGGUCAACCUUGACUGUCGUCUGGACUUGAAAACGAUCGCUCUCCACGCAAGAAAUGCGGAGUACAACCCUAAGGUAUUACUUUCCACACCUCCCUGUGCUUGAUAUGUCAG